AUUAAGUCUUAGCGACUGGUUUGAAUGACUUAAAUGUAGCGAUUUAUGAGACAUUUAUGUAACAUGAAUACAUAAUUACGUGAAUAUUACAUCAAUAGAUUGGUUUCUCGUAUGAAUUAAGAUCGUUCAAUUUACAUUCAGUUGUAUUUUCCCAAAUUAUGGUGAGAACAGAAAAUUACGAAUUCUCAACGUUGAACUUUUAAAAUUUAUGCAGUAUGUACAAGUGGUAUUUUAUAUCGCUAAUUUUCAUUGCGUUUUUAAAUUUGUGCUCGUCGAGUGAUGCUGCUACUAACGCGUCAGCUCUCAGUAUUGUAUAUUGGGAAGUGAAACCAUAUUUAUUUCUAAAUGACAACAAAGUCCACGAUGGUAUUAUUCCUCGUAUUUUAGACGCGACAAAAUUUUUUUGCAGACCUUUGAAGUGGGAUUUUUUUAAAUAUAAAUUUCAAGCAACUUCGAGAAAACGAUUUUUUGACUUGGCUUCUGCAAACUCCACUUACCUGCAGGACGAGCGGAGUGGAUUUCGUGAGGACCGUACCGCAUGGCUGCCGCUUUUUGUGCACUCGGAGUUUCUCAAUCAUAUGUUAAUUGAAAAGAAACAUUUAGAAGCGACCGAGCUUCUGAAGUCUUCAGAAAUUGCUGUUAUCAUAUCGCAAAACAGACUAGUUUUAACUGCAAAAUUUUUACAUGGUCUUGCCGACUGUCAAAAUAUCAUCAUUAUAUCUUGUCUGUUUUCAAUUGUGUUUGGAAUUCUGAUAUGGCUGAUUGAACAGUUUUAUAAUCCCGAGUUCGGGAAAUCGUUUAUUAAAGGCUCGAGCACUGGCAUUUGGUGGAGUUUUGUUACUAUGACAACGGUUGGUUAUGGCGAUAUUGUGCCACACUCCACCGUCGGUAGAAUAAUUGGUAUUGUCUGGAUGUUAUUUGGCGUGGCAAUGGCCUGCGUCAUCACAGCCACCGUGACGGACAGCAUCACCGGCACUUCGUAUUUUGAUAUAUACCAACAAAAGGUUUCCGCCCUGAGAUAUUCAGCUGAGGCUUUGAUUGCAGAGAGUGAUUAUCAGGCCGUAGUUAAACAGGCGGACUCGUUUGACGAAGUGUUGCAAUUAGUGAGGGCAGGCGAGGUUUCUGCAGCUUUUAUAAAUAUAGAUUUUGUCGCUUGGUUCCAACAAGAAAUGCGUGAUCACAAACAUCCAUUGCAUGUUGUAUACACGGUGGAAAAGAUAGUGCCUUUGAAUGUACUUCUUCCGAAAAGCUUGAAGGUGACACAAGAAUUAAAAAAGUGUUGGUCAGAAGAUAAAUUAAAAAACGCUCUGUUCGAUAUUCCUGCUUCUAAGUUUAGGCGGUAUUGCAAGAAAACGACCGUCUUCUAUGGAUCUCUUUCGUCCUUAUUGACUGAUGACACAACGGUGCAGGUUCUAGCCGCAAUCACAGCCGGGAUGAUUUUGAUUGGUCUGUUGUACGAAGGUGUCAAGACAUGGUUACGUAGAAGCAAAGAAAAGACGGAGAAAGACGCGGAGAAAAUUGAAACAGGUGUUGAUUUGAAGUCGAUGACGACCUUGUUGCAUAAUAGCGUUUUUGGCUUGCGGAAUGACAUUGAGUUGUUGAGGAAGGAGGUAAGAGUGGUUAAGGACAGCGUGGUGUAUUGA